UUGUUUUUCUUUGGUUCUGUCUUCUCCAGUCUACUCUACUGUUUGGUCUUGCUCUCUCUCUCCCUCUCUCUCUUUUUUUUUUUUCUUCUUCUAAAACUCUUAUCUCUGCAACUUCGAUACUUCUUAUAAUGACGUACCGAUAUCUUCUCUCAGUCUCCGUCAUCGGAAGAUUUGUUUGACUUCAAAGAACCAUCGGAUCUUAUUUUACACUAUCUUCGCGAUUUCAAUUCUUUUGCUUGGUUUCAUAAGAGUUGUUGUCUCUCGUUUAAUCAUAUCUCUAUAAUAGCUUCUCAGUGUCUUCGGCGUUUAUAAGAAUUGUUGAGACUCGCUACGUGAUUUGUGGCUUUAGAAGAAAUCAAAAAAUUCGUCGAUAUAACUUUGUUUUUGUUUGCAAGUGUGUGAGUUUUAGGGUUCGCUUAAUCGCUACAGGCUUCGAGUUCGCGGGAAGGUUUAUAUAUUUGGUUUAAAUUUUUAAUCAAACUGACAAAGUUGUUGAACUCUAUGGACUGCAUUGUUGUAUAUGGUGCUAAAGAGAACAAUUCUUAUUGAAGGAUGCAGCUACUUUACAUUCAGCAGUAAUGAAGAACGGACAGUGCGUAAAGGAGCUACAAUCUUCCACUCAAGCUUCACAUGAGUCUCAAGGUGAACAGAAAACCAACCAAUCAAUAGAUGCACCUAUACAAGAUUCUGGUUCUGUAUCUGCUUCAAGCAAUGAUAGUAGGAAAGUUUCAAGACAAGAUAUUGAACUUGUCCAAAAUUUGAUAGAAAGAUGUCUUCAGUUGUACAUGAACAGAGAUGAGGUCGUGAAGACCCUUUUAACUCGUGCAAGGAUAGACCCUGGCUUUACAACCUUGGUUUGGCAGAAAUUGGAAGAAGAAAACGCAGAGUUUUUCAGAGCUUAUUAUAUCAGGUUGAAACUGAAGAAGCAAAUAAUUUUGUUCAAUCAUUUGCUUGAGCACCAGUAUCAUCUCAUGAAGUAUCCUCCUGGACCUCCAAAAAUUCCUCUGGCACCGAUACAAAACGGAAUGCAUCCAAUGGCACCUGUUAACAUGCCAAUGGGAUACCCAGUACUACAACACCCUCAAAUGCAUGUUCCAGGCCAUCCCCAUCUUGAUCCAAUGGGAGUAUCGAGCUGCCAUGUUGUUAAUGGAGUCCCUGCCCCUGCUAAUUUCCAUCCUUUGAGGAUGAAUACAGCUAAUGAUAUGGUGAUCGAUACAAGUGCGAAUGAUGCAACUCCUCAAGUGAUUCCACCAAACAGUGGUGGGAUGCCUGAGAUGGCAGCGAGUCCAGCUUCUGUGGCAUCAAGUGGACACUUUCCAUUUGCUGCUUCAGACAUUUCGGGUAUGGUAAUGGACACUUCAGUGCUUGAUACCGCAUUCACAUCUGACGUUGGUCCGGAUGAAGGAGGAGCUGGGAAUUCCAGAGAUUCCCUCAGGUCAUUUGAUCAGAUUCCUUGGAACUUUAGCCUCUCUGAUCUCACCGCAGAUUUGUCAAAUCUUGGAGAUAUGUAUGUUGCAGAUUUAGGUGCCUUAGGAAACUAUCCAGGCUCUCCAUUUCUCCCAUCUGAUUCAGAGAUUUUCUUGGAUUCUCCUGAACAAGAGGACAUAGAGGAGUUUUUCGUGGAUUCCGUGCCUGGACCCCGUUCUAAUUCAGACGAAGAGAAGCCUUGAAUUGAAGGUAGAGGCCAUAAUCAUCUUCAGACUUCAGAUAGACACCAAGCGUUAUUAAAAUAACAUAUAUAUAUAUAUAUAUAUAUACAUAUAUAUAUAGCUUUUGUUAUCCCUUAUAUAUAAAUUAAACUCUUAUGAAUAAAAUUGAGGCUGCGGUUGUAGUCUCCUUGUACCCCUUUGUCAAUUUAGUUGCAUGAAGAAAAUAGGCAUAGACUUAGCUUUUUGUAUUUGUUUCAAUUCUAUGCUGUAGUCGUAUUUUUAUUAUUCUAAAUGGUUGAAUGUUUUAUUUUAA